ACAACCCCCCAGGCAUUAUAAAUCCAGGAUUUCUCUCUUCUGUCUCUCUCAACAGCCUUUCACUCCUCCUCGUGGUGGAACCUCCACCCAGAUUCAACCAUGCGGAUUCUCCAGGUGCUCUUUGCAGUCAUUGUCAUUCUCCUCUCCCAGGACAUUCACGCAAGAGGCCUUUCAGAUAGCCAGCAGUGCAGAAGCAACCAUGGCCACUGCCGGAGGCUUUGCUUCCAUAUGGAACGCUGGGAAGGAAGCUGCAGCAACGGCCGCCUACGCUGCUGCCGAUGAAAGCAGCUACGUUGGAAUGCACCUCAGCGCUCCAAGGGGACCAGCCCAGUGACCCUGCAACCACAGCUUACACAAGAUUUGCUGACAGACACCUCUGCACCUACAUCCACAGUUCAGUUUGUCCAUCCCCAAUAAACCUGGUGGGUUUAUAUGUC